AUGGCACCUAAGAGGGAUCUCCUGCGGCACUCAUCGUCAGCCGAGCCGCGUGGCGGGUUCUUGACCACGGUCCUCUUUUCAUCGCCACCAGAUCUUGGCAGACGGCAGAACGACGGCAACCGGGAUCGUGACCGCAGCGGUAACGGGAAUGGCGGCAGCAGCAAUAAUGGAGGUCGAAAUGGUAAUGGGGGCGGAGAUUCGGAGAACCGCAAUGGCCGGAACUCCCGCGGUGGGGGCGGAGACUCGAAUGACAGCGGACGAGGUGAAAACGGCCGGGGUGGGGGAGGAAAUGGUGGAGGGGGCGGUCGGGGAGAUGGUGGCGGCGGCGGCAGCGGGAGCAAUAGGGGUGACGGUGGGAGCGGAAGGUUUGGCAACAACAGAAACGACGGUGGUAGUGACGGGGGCUCUAGGAACAGAGACGGCGGCGGCGGAGACCGCAACAACGACAACACCAACAACAAUAAUAACGGCAACCGUUUCCGCAAUGGCGGCAACAGGAACGGCGACGGCCGCGACAGGGAUACAACAACGGCUCAGACUGCGCCGUCAGCCGCUCCGACGUCGUCUCCCGCCUCUGGCUCCGCUUCAGCACCUCCCACUACCGGAUCAUCGGCCCAGGUGCCCAUCUCGGCUGUCUCAUCGAUUCCAGACGAGGUCAAUGGCGCAAUAUCGGCUUCAUCAGCUCCGUCAGCCCCUGCAAGCACCACUACUGGCCCGGCUGCCACCAUCUCGCCAUCGGCUGGUUCUAGUGCCCCCGUGGCUGGCUCAGAAACAGCUGCCCCGGCCCCCUCGGCCACUCUCACUUCUGACCCUACUGCGGCCACCCCCAGUCCACCUACAACAACUGGCGACGUUACACCGGGGUCAGGUACAUCAUCUGGAGCGACGUCCACUGCCAGCGUCAGCAUAGCAGACCAAUCAUCCUCGUCCCUUGCAUCUGGCGCUAGCUCCGCGAGCAUACCGACACUCAACCCCGUUGCAGACGCCAACAUCGCAGGCAUUGGGAUUGGCGACGGCGCUUCUAGGGAUCCUCAAUGGCAGAAAUCCGGAAAUGAGAUGUCGAUGGGUCAAAGAGAGGUUAUGAGCGGCACAACCGAGCGGGUGCUGAUAUCGGUUGGCUCUAUAGGAGCCUUCAUCUCUAUCAGCUUCCUCGCAUGGAUCAUUUGGCGCACUGCCAGAAAGAGCAAAAGACGCAAGCAAACCGAGAUGCAAUCGGACUAUAGGCCAUCCAGCUCUCACCAACGGCCGGGAAUUUCACAGAGGCUAGCGGCCAAGCUGCCGUUUCUGAGAAGUCGCCAACAGCAGCAUUGGCUGAAUAUUACCGACAACGGCUACGGUGAUCAGAAGGACCGGCCCCUAACGUUUGGGCCGUCCGAGGUUCCUGUGGCGCUAAUCAAGGACUUUUAUGGCUCGGAAAAGGUCGACUCACUGCAAGCUCCACUGCCAACACUUGCGUCGCCGCAAUCUCAACAGUCUCCUCCGGUCCAGUCACCUCCACCACAACUCCGGCUACAGACUCAGCAGCUUAGUGGUGCCACGACCUGGUCCCCCACGAGCCCUGCAACUCGGCAGCAGGAGCAGAUGGGCGGGCAAACAUGGCCGGUAGGCCCGAAUCAGUGGCAACAGAUGCAGUUCCAAGCCGCCUUCGCAGCUGCGGGCAACGCCUACAGUCCUGGGGGGCUGAGUCCAGGCACAGGCACUGGCACCAGCAUGUUCACCCACCAGGCCACCGGCUCGUUCAGCUCAACCAACGCGGCGCAAUUCGGUGCUACUACUCCGAGCAGCGAUGUCGGGGGCACCUGGAGGUCUCGGAUGGGGCCGGCGAAUGGCUAUAACCAAAGCUCGCUCGCACGGCAGCCUUCAAAUGCCUACGAUCCUGCCAAGAGACAGGUCGGCCGGGCGUCGGCGCUAUCGUCGCUGUCAUCUGGAUUCGGGGACGGUGACAUUGUCGUGCCACAGCUGCCGCGGCAACCCCUUGCCGGGCCCGCACACGGUGGGAGAGCCGUUGGUGGUAAUGAGAGCGAGGCACAGCAGUACCUCACGGAAGCACGUGUUUCAUGGGCCAGCCGCAGGGACACGGUGUACACCGAGUCGAGCGACGACGCGCAGCCUAGAUACCGUACCGUCACGUCGUGGGUUAGGCAGCAGUCCGGCCGCGUACGCAGGGCUGAGCAGCGAGGGGCUCGCUCUGUGGUUGAUGGUGCCAGCGAUGGCGGUGUCGAGGGGCCCAGCGAGAGGGCCAUGCCGCCUGAGCCGCAGUUCAACAUGAUGAUGGACGAUGGGCAGGCGCCCCGGUCGCCCGAGACAAUGUCUGGAGCGGGCGUACUUGCCACAAGACGUCAGCAGGAAUGAGGAAACUGACGAAAAUGAAAAAAAGAAGAACACAAACAUAAUGGAUGCGGCGGAUCUGGUAUUUCUCCAUGGACUGGUCUUUGCGACGAGGCUUGAGUUAUGAUACCCAGCCCGUAACGCGGCACAUUCUUUUUUACUCUCCUUGACUGUCAUUAAGACUCACAGCGGAGCUUGAGCGUAAUUAUACGCAUACCCAUCAUACCUGGUGUUUCCUUGUUGUUUUCCAGUGGCACG